GGGCGGGGCGAGCGGAAGCCGGGAGCCGUGCCCGGAGCAGGGCAGCGGGAGCGGGCCGGGGGCCGGGGGCGCGGGAUGCGGCUGCGCUCGGGGGUGCUGGCGGCCGGCUGCCUGCUGCUGCAGGCCCUGGGCGUCGCCAUCUUCCUGCGCGGCUUCUUCCCCCUCACCGUGCGCGCCCGGCCGCGCGGCGACAGCCGCGGGGAGAGCCCCGCCGAGCCCGCCCCGCCGGGACCAGGAGCGGUUUCUAACUGGACCAAAAUUCCACCACCACUUUUCAAAAAAGUUGUCAUUGUCCUGAUAGAUGCUUUGAGAGAUGACUUUGUCUUUGGAUCCAAAGGUAAACAGUUCAUGCCUUACACUACACAAGUUAUUGAAAAAGGAACGUCCUACAGUUUCAUUGCUGAAGCGAAGCCACCCACCGUGACUAUGCCUCGGAUUAAGGCUUUGAUGACUGGUAGCAUUCCUGGCUUCAUUGAUGUUGUUGUGAACCUCAACUCUCCUGCUCUGUUGGAUGACAAUCUGAUUUGGCAGGCAAAAACAGCUGGGAAAAGAAUAAUCUUUUAUGGUGAUGAUACUUGGGUCAAAUUGUUUCCAAAGCAUUUUGUGGAAUAUGAUGGAACAACAUCCUUCUUUGUGUCAGAUUUUACAGAGGUUGAUGAUAAUGUUACCAGACAUUUGGACAGGGUGUUAAAGAGAGAAGACUGGGAUCUCCUAAUAUUACAUUACCUAGGAUUGGACCAUAUUGGCCAUGUGACUGGGCCAAACAGCCCACUAGUGGGACCAAAACUUCGUGAAAUGGAUAACAUCCUGAAGAAGAUUCAUAUUUCCCUUCUUUCAAAGGAAGGAGAGGCUUCUCUGCCGAGUUUGCUGGUUGUUUGUGGGGAUCAUGGGAUGUCUGAAACAGGUAGUCAUGGUGGUUCUUCAGAAGGUGAAGUGCACACACCACUGCUGUUUAUCAGCUCUGCUUUUGAAAAGAGAAGUGGUCCUCUAACACAACCUGAACUUGUGCAACAAACUGAUUUGGCUAGUACACUGGCAGUAGGUCUUGGUCUACCAAUUUCAAGAAACAGUGUUGGGAACCUUAUAUUGCCAGUUGUAGGAGGCAAGACAAUGAGGGAACAACUACGUUUCUUGCACUUGAAUGGAUUCCAGCUUAGCAGUCUGCUCAAAGAAAAUACACCUGCCUAUGAAAAAGGUAAAUCAUCUAAAAAAACAAUAUACAAGAGGAUGAUUAAUGUACAGAGAAGAAUGGAAGGAGAACUCAGAAGGGCACAGACUUACAAAGGAGGGUACCAUGAUGGAUUUGAUACUUACAAGGAAAUGGUUGGGAACAUGAAGGUCACGAAUCCAGUUGUGUCCAGUUCCAGCUGGUCAGAAGUAGACGUGCUGAUGCUGGCUGGAACAAUUGGCCAUGUUUUGAGUUUGGGGGCAAGCAGUUUUAUAGAAGAGGAACAUCAAACCUGGUAUUUUCUUAUCAAUACCCUCUGUUUGGCACUGUGUCAGGAACUCUGUAGAAACCAUUUUCUUCUGAAGGAAUGUGACCCUCAGCAUGGCACCAGUUUGAAACAAAAUUUUGAUGGUAUCGGGGAAGCCUCUGAUUGCAAGAAUAUAGAUGUACCAGCAUCAGGUAAUUCAAAACUGGACAAGGUUGCAUCUUCAGCUGAACUCAUUAAAGGAUCAGAUAAGUGGAUAAGCUUAGCGAGUCCAUGGAUCAUUCUUAUUUGCUGUCGACUACUUCGAUCCUUGAAUCAGACAGGAGUCCAAUGGGCUCAUCGGCCAGACUUUGGGCACUGGUUGACAAGUUCUGAACAUAAGUCUGAACUCUCCUUCUUGGCUGCAGUUUCCCUAGUUAUGAUCUUCUUUCUGGUCCAAAGAAGAUGCUCCCUGGUUUCAAAAAUUGCUAUGGCACUGGGGCUCCUGGGAGUCUACAGUUACCGGGCAGCUAUUGGAAAUGUUGUAUUUCCAUGGCAACAUGACAGCAAAGAUAUUUCAAAGGGGAUUACUGAAGCUCGUUUUGUUUAUGUCUUUGUUCUUGGCAUAGUCUUCACUGGCACUAAAGAUUUACUAAAGUCGCAGGUUAUUUCUGCAGACUCCAGCGUGAAGAGUACAGGAUUAUGGGAAGUGUACAGUGGAUUGGUUCUACUAGCAGCCCUUCUGUUUAGACCUCACAAUUUGCCAGUAUUGGUGUUUUGUCUGCUGAUUCAGACAAUGAUGACAAAAUAUGUCUGGAGACCUUUGAAAUUUGACGCAGCACAGAUUACUAUCAUGCACUACUGGUUUGGCCAAGCUUUCUUCUAUUUUCAGGGAAAUUCAAAUGGCAUUGCUACUGUGGAUGUUUCAGCAGGGUUUGUGGGACUGGAAAGCUAUGUGGAGAUACCCGCAAUCUUCCUUACAGCAUUUGCAACGUACGCAGGACCUUUGCUUUGGGCCAUUCAUCUGCUGUGCUACUUGAGUUCUGAAGUUAGCAGGAAUGCAGCAGCAGUGGGCCACGGCUGUUUCUGCUACGCUCUAAUGCGUUCAAUUCCAGUUGCCAUCUACAUCGUUUUGGUAACAGGCCUGCGUUACCACCUGUUCAUAUGGAGCGUCUUCUCGCCAAAGCUGCUCUACGAGGGAGUGCAUGUGUUCAUCACAGCUGCAGUCUGCUUGUUCUUCACAGCCAUGGAUCAGAACCACUCUCAGAAAGUGCAAGACUGAAAAUAAGUGUGCACUACACAGUUCUGCGCUGCGAUACCCUGUGUGUCACUGGAAUGGAAGAAAGAAAGUAGUGGCUUUAUGCUGUUGGGUAGGAUUGGAAGAAGUCCCCUUGUGUAUUUCACCCAGUAUUGCAUAGGGUCUGAAAGGCUUGUACUGUGUUAAGCUGCGUUUACUUAAAACUGUUGAAUUGAAAUAAACUGUUUUUUCAUAGAUAACUUUUAUUCUAUAGCUGUCAUUAUGACAGUCCCUGAAUAACUGAGUCACAAUGCUACAUGACAGUGAAUUUCACUGUAUGCCAACUAUAAAGUUGUAUUUUUAAUAUGUAACUUAAAUAUCAAACACUGCUUUUUUUCCAAUUUUUAAAUGAAUUUGGAGGCUUGAUUGAAAUUAACAUUCUUGAGUUUCAAAGAAAAAUAACUUUGGAGAAGAGUUGAGCACUUUAUGUCUCAUAUUCAAGCAUUCUUGAGCUCUGGCUUUUUCCCAUUCACUUUUAUGUCUGUCUUUUUUUUUACUUAGAAGAUGAAGAAGUAAAAGUUCAUUAAAUGCAGUCCCCCCCAAAACAGUUUAGAAUCUUGUAGUAACUUGUAACCUUAUGUAAAGUUAUAUCAACCUAUCUGUAUAUGUUUGCAAAUGUGUUUUAUUUUUUUUUUAGCACAGAGAUAACGAGAAAACACAAGAGACAGCCCAUUUUAAUCAGUUUAUUGUGCUGGAAAAGCUUUUGUUUGACACAUCUAUGUAAUAAACCAGCACUGUAAGGAAGAAGACACUAGUAAAGGCACUAAGCUUAAGUAAAACCAAGCCUAGGGCUAAUUUACUCAUUGAAACUUGAAAAAAGGCCAUACUGCAAUGGUUUUGAUUUGAUUGAAAUAAUGACAUAUAUAUAAAUGCAAUUUGAAUUUAAAAAUACAGAUCUCAAUGUAAGUACAGAUCAGUUUCUUGUGGGCACUGAAAAAAUCUUCUUUGUGUGUUUUUUUGUUUUGUUUUGUUUUUUUACAGGAUACUACAAUAUGCAGGGUUUCUUGUUGCUGUUCACAAGACCUUAUAUUCAUUAAUCUUGAUUUUUUUUCUUUGUUUCUUGCGUGUGUGUUGAAUGUAUCAUUAAAUAAUAUAACUGUACAAAUGUCCCAGGUAAGAGGUGGGUUUUUUUAUUUGUUUUCUUUUAAUAAGCAUCAUUUCUGCUAAAAGGCAGUAUUUCCUUCCUGAAUGUAAUCAUUAACUGAUGGAUUUCCCUCUGCUAAGAUCUUGUGUUUCUUUUUAUUAAUUUUAAAAUGUUAAAUCAGGUUGGUUGCUGCUGUACUGAACAUUGGAUCAAUUUUCCCACACUAAGGUAGAGAGUUAAGAGCCAUGAGCAGAGAAGUAGGUUAGUGGGCUAAGAUACCAGCAGCAUUAGAGGUGUGUUUAAGGGAAGGUGUGGUGGCUGGACAGGGCACUACAGCACACUCCUAACAAUGGCAUUUUCCUUGCUAGAGUUAAGAAGAUUAUACAAUGAUGACCGUCCUGAGCAUCAGUUUUGCCAGUGUCCACAUUGGCAACCAUUAGGAUUUAAUGCGUGUCUGAAGGGGAGCACAUAGGGAAAUUUGAAACUUGUUUAAAAAUCUGAAAACAAAAUGCUUUUAAGCCACAUGUAGGUGACAGCACGUUUGUAGGAUCACUUAUAUGCUUUCCAUGUCCUAUUUCAGCAAAUCUCAAAAGUAGGCCUUUGUUUUUUAUACAUGGUACCUAUGUUAACAAUCAGCCAUCUUGGCCACUAAUACUGACAUUUUUUGAACUGUUUAACAACAAAAAUUUAAGUAUCCUGGCUGUGUUUUGCUGUUCACCUGGACAAGAGACUUCUGAAUAUUGAGUGACAUUCACUGUGACCCAUUACAAGCUUGAGAAUUAAAUACUUCUAAUAAAUUGUUAUUUUUCAGUUCA